AUGGCUCUUGAUACAAAGAUGUCAUGCCUCGCUGCAGUCCUGACUUUUAUAAUUUCCAUUUCAACCUUGCACCUGAUCAAGCCACUCAUCGUAGAUAUGCCACUUUUCUACAUUUUGAUCGGCAUUUAUGGGGGGAUAUUAUGCGUCGUAUUACUGACCGCAAUUAACAACCUCGAGAACCUGAUCUUCAGCAACGAUUUUUGUGCUCAAUUGUUUCCUGAAGUCUUUCUUUCUAUUGUGGUGUCAUCUUUCUCUGUCGGCUCAAUUCAUCGAAUUUGUGGAACGUUUUUUGACAUCAUGUGCAUGUUGCUACUUCUUGAAUCGAAUAUCUCAACAAAUUUACUUAUCUCCCAAUACUCCGCCGAUCACUGUUGUGGCAAAGAAAAAGCGGAAUUAAUCACCAUUCCCCAAAUGCAAAUGUUUUUCUCGAUGGACACUUUAUCUUAUGUAUCUUGA